GCUCACCGUUUUAGUACGAUCCGAAAAAAAAAAUCAUCCACGGCAACAUCAAACAUGAAGGCGUUCGUAGUGCUAUCCAUGGUUUUGGCCAUCGCAGCCAGCACGGCAGUCGACGAUUCCAGCAAGAAAGAAAAGCGUGGACUUUGGGAGCUGGGAUAUGGCCAGGACCAUUCCGGUUUCGAUAACCAUCCCCAUCAAUUUGACCAUCACCAAGAAGUCCAGCACCAUACCACCAUCACCAAGAACGUUGCAGUCCCGUACCCAGUUGAGGUCGUCAAGCAUGUUCCAGUUGAAGUGAAGGUCCCAUACCCGGUGCAUGUCGAGAAGAAGGUUCCAGUCUACGUGGAGAAGAAAGUGCCAAUCUAUGUGGAAAAGAAGGUUCCAUACCACGUUGACCGCCCAGUCCCAUACCCAGUCGAAGUGAAGGUCCCAGUUGUCCACAAGGAAUACGUCGAAGUGCCAAAACCGUACGCAGUUCAUGUUGAGAAGCCCGUUCCAGUGUACAUCCAGAAGCCGGUUUACAUCGAGAAGCAUGUUCCAGUAACCGUGCACAUCAAGGAGCACAAGAAGAAGCACUGGGGACUGUUCUAAGCGGUGAUCUGUCUGUUUGCGUGUAAAAACUGUUAAUAAAUGUGAAUUAGUUCUUCAUAAAUA